UUCGGACUCAUUGCUUUCGUGAACAAUCAAAGAAAUGGCUCUCAUCCAUGAUAUCACUACCUCGAUUUUAGUGUGCUUAUUAGUCGGUUCUUCAGUAGCACAGAUUAUUUCGCUAGGCGAAUGUCCGGUACACCCGGUAGUGCAGAACUUUGAUGUGGCAGCUUACCUGGGCCAAUGGUACCAGAUUAGACGCUACGAGCAAACCUUCGAGCGUGGCGGCGAGUGCAGCAUUGCGGCCUACUCGCUGAACGAGGACGGAUCCGUGCUGGUAGACAACCGAAUGCUAGUUCCACCGGAAAGUGAAUUUCGUGUGGAAAUUGGACAGGCCUUUCUAUCGUUUCCUGAAGAGGAUCCUCUUCGGGGCAUGUUAAAUGUUACCUUUCGUGGGAUGCCCGCGGACAGAUUAAAUUAUUGGGUAUUGGAUACGGACUACGAAAGAUUCGCGUUUGUGUGGAAUUGUCAGCAAGUCAGUGAUAACAUAAAAGCAGAAAGCUUCUGGCUACUUUCAAGAACAAUGGCCUUGCCGGAAAGUGUAAUGGAACGCGUGGAAGAAUUAACAGAUUUAUAUCUGGACCGGAGUCAGAUUAGACCCACGCAGCAGGAUUUGGAAUUUUGUGGUAAUUAGGACCGAAAGCCUUGGACAUGUAGUGACCUGACUGUUGAUUUUUUUAACAGUGGAGUGGACGAUAAUAAUUAUUGUGAGAGUAGCAAUUUGCAAUAGUUUGAAAACAUUAUAUUCACUUA